AUGGCGCAAGUACCAACUGCUCAAAAUGAAAGCGAAAAGAAGAACGAGAAGCUGGCCACGGCCAUCCUCAACUCGAAGGCCAAGCCCAACCGUCUGCUCGUCGAUCAGAGCGAGAAGGAUGACAACUCGGUGAUCUCCCUCUCCCAGGCCAAGAUGGACGAGCUGGGCCUUUUCCGCGGCGAUACGGUGAUGCUCAAGGGCAAGAAGCGGAGGGAGACUGUCUGCAUUGUGCUUGCCGAUGAUGGCUGCCCUAACGACAAGGUGCGCAUGAACCGCGUCGUCCGCCACAAUCUGCGAGUUCGCCUCGGCGAUGUUGUCAGCGUUGCCGCUGCACCAAGUGUCGGAUACGGCAAGCGCGUUCACGUGCUGCCUAUUGAUGACACAAUCGAGGGAUUGACCGGCAACCUGUUCGAAGUUUUCUUGAAGCCCUACUUCGUUGAGUCCUACCGUCCGCUUCACAAGGGCGACAUUUUCACCGUCAAUGCAGCUAUGCGCAACGUCGAAUUCAAGGUCAUCGAAACGGAUCCGGCGCCUGCGUGCAUUGUCGCUCCGGACACCGUCAUCCACUACGAAGGCGACGCUAUCAAGCGGGAGGAUGAAGAGGAGAACAUGAACGAUGUCGGCUACGAUGAUAUCGGAGGCGCUCGCAAGCAGCUCGCGCAGAUCAAGGAGAUGGUCGAGCUGCCGCUCCGUCACCCGCAGCUCUUCAAGGCUAUUGGCAUCAAGCCACCUCGUGGAAUCCUCCUUUACGGACCUCCUGGCACGGGCAAGACGUUGAUCGCUCGAGCUGUGGCCAACGAGACCGGCGCCUUUUUCUUCCUGAUCAACGGCCCGGAGAUCAUGUCCAAGCUUGCUGGCGAGUCCGAGUCCAACCUUCGCAAGGCCUUCGAGGAGUGCGAGAAGAACAGCCCGGCUAUCCUCUUCAUCGAUGAAAUCGACGCCAUCGCCCCCAAGCGUGAGAAGACUCACGGCGAGGUCGAGCGCCGCAUCGUGUCGCAGCUGCUCACACUUAUGGACGGCCUCAAGCAGCGCGCCCAUGUCGUCGUCAUCGCCGCCACCAACCGUCCCAAUUCCAUCGACGGUGCUCUGCGUCGUUUCGGACGUUUCGAUCGCGAGAUCGACAUCGGAAUCCCUGAUGCUGUCGGCCGUCUUGAGGUCCUGCGCAUCCACACCAAGAACAUGAAGCUGAACGACGAUGUUGAUUUGGAGCAGGUCGCCAAUGAAUGCCACGGCUACGUCGGUGCCGAUCUUGCAUCUCUGUGCUCUGAGGCUGCCCUUCAGCAGAUCCGCGAGAAGAUGGAGCUUAUCGACUUGGAGGAUGAUACGAUCGAUGCUGAGGUCUUGAACAGCCUGGCUGUGACGAUGGAGAACUUCCGGUUCGCCAUGGGCAAAUCUUCGCCGUCGGCUUUGCGUGAGACGGUCGUCGAGACUCCCAACACCACCUGGGCUGACAUCGGUGGCCUUCAGAACGUGAAGCAAGAGCUCCAAGAACUCGUCCAGUACCCCGUCGAGCACCCGGAGAAGUACCUGAAGUUCGGCAUGCAGCCGUCGCGUGGUGUGCUGUUCUACGGACCUCCUGGAUGCGGAAAGACCCUACUCGCUAAGGCCAUCGCCAAUGAGUGCCAAGCUAAUUUCAUUUCGAUCAAGGGACCCGAGCUUCUUACCAUGUGGUUUGGAGAGUCUGAGGCGAAUGUGCGUGACGUGUUCGAUAAGGCCCGUGCCGCUGCUCCCUGCGUUCUCUUCUUCGACGAACUCGACUCGGUCGCCAAGGCUCGCGGUGGAUCUGUUGGAGAUGGAGGAGGUGCGGCUGAUCGUGUCAUCAACCAGAUCCUGACCGAGAUGGAUGGUAUGAACAGCAAGAAGAACGUCUUUAUCAUCGGAGCUACCAAUCGUCCGGACAUCAUCGACUCCGCUGUCCUUCGCCCUGGCCGUCUCGACCAGCUGAUCUACAUCCCGCUGCCGGAUGAGGCUUCGCGAAUCCAGAUCUUCAAGGCUAACCUGCGCAAGACGCCUGUUGCUCCCGACAUCGACAUGACUGUGCUGGCAAGGACGACCGUCGGCUUCUCCGGAGCCGAUAUCACCGAGAUCUGCCAAAGGGCAUGCAAGCUGGCCAUCCGUGAGUCGAUUGAGAAGGACAUCCGCCAGGAAAGGGAUCGCCAGGAGCGUCGUGAAAAGGGCGAAGAGCUGAUGGACGAGGAGCCGGUUGACCCUGUCCCCGAGAUCACCCGCGCCCACUUCGAGGAAGCCAUGAAGUUCGCCCGACGCUCCGUCACCGACAACGACAUUAGGAAAUACGAAAUGUUCGCCCAAACGCUCCAGCAGCAGCGCGGAUUCGGCAACAACUUCAAGUUCCCCGGCGAGCAGCAGCAGCAGCAGCAGGCCGCGGCCCCGACCGUGCCUGCCGGUGGCGGUGGAAACGACGAUGAGGAUCUCUACAAC